ACUGUGUGAAGACUGCCUCUGGAGGAUCGGAGGACUGUCAGACUACAGGGUUGAUUGUGAUUUGUGGUUUAAAAGGAGUGGUUAAUCAUUUGGUCAUUUGUACAUAUAUUUUUGCAUAUGAAGCAUUUUGUUCCAUGAUUUGCUUAAAUGAAAAUUGCUGAAUAAGCUAAAAGCUGAUGCCAAAUAAAUCACAACAUUUACAUAUGAAUCAUUUUGCAGACGCUCUUAUCCAGAGCGAUUUAGAGGAGCAAUUAGGGUUAAGUGCCUUGCUCGAGGGCACAUCGACAGAUUUUUUUCACCUAGUUAACGCAAAGAUUCAAACCAGUGACCUUUCGGUUUCUGGCUCAGUGCUCUAAUCGCUAGGCUAGCUGCCACAUUACUACAUUCUGUCAGAUCUUUCACUUCCCUUAUUGUGAUUUUGUUUUCUGAUGCUUUAAUUUUGACCAGAUAAUUUUGUUUUUCUAUGACAAAAACAUUCUAGAGGUGUUGUGAUACUACUUGAAACUGUGAUACCUGAGCUGGUACCAUGACAACAGUACAACCAAUCAUCCUUCUACUCUAAGCCAAUAAUAAGUGUUCUGAAACUUGUAAAUUGCAAGUUAGAGACGCCCCCCCCCCCCCCCCACCCAAAUGAAGGAAGUGUGAAUCACAAGGCUGGUCUCGGAACAAUACAGUAAAAGACCUGUCAACUCCAGUUGCCUUUUUUUGGUUGGUGACUAGGAUGUGUGCGAACAGCUGCACAGCCUCAGUGAGUACUUGACUGAAGAUGAAGAUUCUCUUUCUCUUGAUUCUUCUGUUAGAUGUCCCUGAGAUGGAAGCACAACAGAGGAUGGUGGUGAAUGGACAAGUGUUGCUGAGAUUUGUCUUUCCUCCUUUCUACAAUGGUUAUGAGAAGUUCUGUUCUAAACUAUAUCCUUGGGGAGUUUCUGUUAUUGUGAAUACCAGGGGAUAUGUCAACGACUUCUACGAGGGAAGAGUAUCCACAACCGAAUACAACGGUGGAAUGGACGUUGUGAUAUGGAAUUUAAAGCCAGUGGACACUGGCAACUACAGGUGUGCUAUUGUCACCAUUGGAUGGAAUCAUAUCUACAAAGACUAUAACCUCCAGAUUGAUAGUGGUCGACGUAGCGGUCCAGUAUCCCCUCGACCUCCGGUCAGGUCAACCAUCAGCCCCUUCAUCUUCUCUUCCUCAUCAGACACCUCUGGGCCUGUUUUCACCAAGGACCACAGUGACAGCCCCAGUGUUCCCUGGAGCUUUGGUUUACCACUAGCUGCAGGUCUUUGCAUCGCUAUGGUGAUUGUGAUCAGCUCAGUAGUCCUUGUUGUGGUUCAUCACAAAAUCAUCACGAAAAAGAAAUGUGGAGCAACUUCCAGUGACUCAGCUGCACACAUCCUCUCAGAUGUCCUUCAGGAGGAGAACAGUAUUGUCUACACCACAGUGGACUUCAAGCCUCAUGAGAACCAUACCACUGAGCUGUAUGCUAACCUACAGACACUCCGCAGCCCCAGAAGCACCGACUCACACAGAGAGCCUGCUGGAACAGUGGUGUACUCCACACUGGCUAGCAACCAACGCUGAACCGGAUUAUCUUCCUGAUGAUCCCAGAACUCCAAUGUUAGAAAACCUGCAUUGUAUAACCUCAACCUGGUUUAGGGCUCUAUUCAAUCAGAUCCACUUUAGUCGAUGAUUAAAGUGGGGGGGGGGGGGUUUGCGGUAUUGGAGGUGGAACUGCUUACAGGUUUAUCAAAUCCACAAGCGGCUCCGGGCAUUAUACCUAAAGGUGGACACUGCCAUUGGCUGCACGGUGUCACCAUAAUAGAAAACCCACGCAGCUUUGUUUACACGUUUGAACGCUGUUUGAACGCUGUUUGAACGCUGUUUGAACGCUGUUUGAACGCUGUUUGAACACUGUUUGAACACUGUUUGAACACUGCAAUGUGAGAUGUAAUCUACACCUCGAAUUAGGCUUAUUUUUUGAUUUGAGCGUCAUUAUUUCUGUUUAUAAACUGGGUGGUUCGAGCCCUGAAUGCUGAUUGGCUGACAGGCGUGGUAUAUCAGACCGUAUACCACGGGUAUGACAAAACAUUUAUUUUUA